GCGAUCGAAACGGGAAAAAGGGGCUCGGAAUCCGAUUAAAUCUGAGAAAAAAUCGGGGAAGAAUCUUCGAGGCUGUAGAUUCAUUUCCAUGGUGGAUUCAAUCUGAGAUCGGAAUUUCGUCGGAAAUCUAAGGCGGCGAGAGGAGGAGGAUGCGUUCGUGACGGGGACAAGGAAUGAGAGAUAUGUCGUUGGGAGGAGGAGCUGGAGAGUACAGCGAGGAGAGGCAUCUUUUGCGAUCAAAUGACGGCGACGGCGUCUGCGACGAUCGCGACGUUGAAGCCCAGUCUCCGCCGAUCAGGGGCGGUGGAGUAGGAGUUAGGGAUCUGUUCAAGCAUUUGGAUCGGGGAAUUUCGCUCUCCGGACGACGUCUAAGCUUCACACGUCUGGAAAAUAGCAGAGUCGAUCGAGAGCAUCACCAUCCAUCCUCUUCUUCUUCUCCUCCUUCGCCGUUGUCGUCCAGUGUGGGACAUACACAUGACGACGAUCAUCAUGAUUUCCGACAUUUCGGGCACGGGCAUGAUGAAGGUAAUGAUGUUCUCGGCGACAGUGCUCCGCCUGAAUGGGCUCUGCUGCUCAUCGGCUGUCUUAUCGGUGUCGCCGCCGGCAUAUGCGUCGCAGCCUUCAAUUCAGGGGUUCACGUAAUCCAUGAGUGGGCAUGGGCUGGUACUCCGAACGAGGGUGCUGCUUGGCUUCGUCUGCAGAGAUUAGCAGAUACUUGGCAUCGAAUUCUUCUAAUUCCUGUUACCGGAGGAGUUAUUGUGGGAAUGAUGCAUGGUUUGCUUGAAAUCUUAGACCAAAUCAGGCAAUCCACUUCUUCUCAGAGGCAAGGACUUGAUCUACUUGCGGGUAUAUUUCCCACGAUAAAGGCCAUCCAAGCUGCUGUGACGCUCGGUACAGGAUGUUCCUUAGGUCCUGAGGGACCGAGCGUUGAUAUUGGGAAAUCAUGCGCCAAUGGGUUUGCACUCAUGAUGGAAAACAAUAGAGAAAGAAGAAUAGCUCUCACUGCUGCUGGUGCAGCUUCUGGGAUUGCAUCAGGUUUCAAUGCAGCCGUGGCUGGUUGUUUCUUUGCUAUAGAGACUGUCUUAAGACCUCUCCGUGCCGAGAAUUCGCCUCCAUUUACCACUGCAAUGAUAAUCUUGGCUUCUGUUAUAUCAUCUACUGUGUCAAAUGCAUUGAUGGGGACUCAAUCAGCUUUCACGGUCCCUUCAUACGACUUGAAGUCUGCUGCGGAACUCCCUCUGUACCUGAUAUUAGGCAUGUUGUGUGGUGCUGUCAGCGUUGUGUUUUCUCGCCUUGUCACAUGGUUUACCAAGUCAUUUGACUUCAUCAAAGACAAAUUCGGCCUUCCUGCUAUUGUUUGCCCUGCAUUGGGUGGCUUAGGUGCCGGUAUGAUUGCUCUCAAGUACCCUGGAAUUCUGUACUGGGGCUUCACAAAUGUUGAGGAAAUUCUACAUACGGGAAAGAGCGCAUCAGCUCCUGGAAUAUGGUUAUUGAGUCAGUUAGCCGCUGCCAAAGUAGUGGCAACUGCUCUGUGCAAAGGCUCUGGGCUUGUAGGCGGUCUAUAUGCCCCGAGUUUGAUGAUCGGUGCUGCCAUUGGCGCUGUAUUUGGAGGGUCAGCAGCUGAAAUCAUCAACAGAGCUAUUCCCGGAAACACUGCUGUUGCUCAGCCUCAAGCUUAUGCCCUGGUUGGAAUGGCUGCAACCCUAGCUUCGGUCUGCUCGGUGCCCUUAACAUCAGUAUUACUGUUAUUCGAACUGACGAAAGAUUAUAGAAUACUGCUUCCUCUCAUGGGAGCUGUUGGGUUAGCAAUAUGGGUUCCCUCAGUGGCAAAUCAAGGCAAAGAGGGCGAUGCAUCCGAUGUUCGGAACACAGGGAGAAGGUAUUCUUCCGUUUCAUCGGCCGAACAUAAAAACGGAGGCGGAUGGAGGCAGGCGGAUGGUGCUGAUUCCCUGGAGCUUUCUGUCAUAGAGAACACUGACCACAAAACCCUAGACGAAGAAGCUAUUCUGGAAUGCGUAAAGGUUUCUCGGGUAAUGUCGAAGAACUAUGUGAAUGUUUCGCUCGGUACAACUCUAAGAGAAGCGAGAAAAUUCCUGAAGGAAAGCCGCCAGAACUGUGUUCUCGUGGUUGAUGACGAUGAUUUGCUAGCCGGGAUCCUAACGAGCAGCGACAUCAGACGGUAUUCAUCCAAGAAUGAUCCAAUAGCAUUAGAUGAGUAUUCGAGUCCUGUCUCGUUGGUAUGCACACGGAAAAUAACCUAUCGAGGUCAAGAACGGGGAAUACUGACGUGUUAUCCAGACACGACGGUGGGAGUUGCCAUGGAGUUGAUGGAGGCUAGAGGCGUUAAGCAGUUGCCUGUUGUCAAACGGAGCGGCGGAGGAGGGGACCCUCGUAACGGAAAGAAGAGACGGAGAUUGGUCGGGAUUCUUUAUUACGAUUCCAUCUCGGUUUUUCUCAGAGAUGAAAUGAAACGUAGGAGAUCGACGAAAGAGAUGCGCGAAGACGUUGGUUUGAAUGGCCAUUAAGGAUACGAUACAAUCGGAGAGAGAGGGAAACGUUAUAUAGAUGUACCCCCAAAAUAAUGUUCAUCGUAGUUUUAGAAGAUUUUGUAUAUGAAAACUGAAACAUUGUUUCCAUCAUAUAACAAAACAGCGAAAAGGUAUUCUAGUUUAUCAGA